UUGAGUGUCCGUCGUCCUGCGCCCGUCUGGACGGGUGGAACCAGGUCAGCUGGAAGAAGAAAAUAAGGACGUCUUUAAAAACAUCAGAGCUUGUACUCCGUUGAGGGUCCACGGUGAACUGUUCAUCUCACAGGUCAGCCAGGCAGCAGUUCUCUCAAAAUGACAUCAACUUUUGAUCCUGAUGACAAGAACAGUUGGUACUUUGGCCCGAUGUCACGUCAGGAUGCCAACGACCUCCUGAUGUCAGAGAGUGAGGGUGGCAUUUUCCUGGUGCGUGACUCCACCAGCAUCCAAGGCGACUAUGUCCUCUGUGUCCGUGAGGACAGCAAGGUCUCACACUACAUCAUCAACAAAAUAGUUGAGGAUGACCAGACUGUGUUCCGGAUCGGCGACCAGAUGUUCUCCGACCUGCCCAGCCUGCUCAACUUCUACAAGCUGCACUACCUGGACACGACGCCGCUGAUCCGACCAGCCCCGCGACGCGUUGAGAAGCUCGUCGCCAAAUACGAUUUCGACGGGCGGGACGACGAGGACUUGCCGUUCAAGAAGGGCGAGGUGCUGACCGUGGUGACGAAGGACGAGGAGCAGUGGUGGACGGCCAGGAACGCGCUCGGCCAGACGGGGUCCAUUCCCGUGCCGUACGUCCAGAAGCUGGAGGAGACCGACUCGCGGACGUCGGCCGGCGUCAACGGCAGUCCGGCCGCCAAGGACAGCCCGCCGAAGCCGAAGGCCAACGCCCAGCGCGCGUUGCCGGUGUUUGCACGCGUCAACCAGUCACGGAUCCCGAACGUCUUCGACAAGACGGCGCUGACGCUGGAGGUGGGCGACACCAUCAAGGUCAUCAAGAUGAACAUCAACGGCCAGUGGGAGGGCGAGCUGAACGGCAAAGUCGGACACUUCCCCUUCACGCACGUCGACCUCGUGGACGCCGUGCCAGACAAUGAGAAGCGCUGAGCACGGCUGGCGGACGACGCGAGAACUUGCACUUCGGCCUGCGGACGCUAGGUGGCGGUGGGCGGGUCCAGUAUGGCACGGGUUGCCCACAGCUGGUGCCAGCGCUGUGCACCGUCAGGGUACGCUGGGCAUUUGCGGGGUCGCCGAGCCGGCGCGCUGUGAUACGCGACCCGCGACGGCCGGCCGGCGCGUGCAGCUGGCUCUGCCGCCGACCGACGUGGCCUGCAGCCGUUGCAGCCAAAGGGAAUGACGAUCACUUGUUUGUACAUACGGCGCCUGCCGUCUGCGCCUUGUUAAUGCGCAAUGCCGAUUCGGCGUGUAUUCGGUCGUAUAGUGUAGGGAUAUGAUUAACACGGUGGAACACUGUCGCGGCCUCGCUGUGCACGGCGCUGGAUGCUUGACGCUCCAGAAUCUCUGAUGCGCGGAGCGGAGCGGUGGCGCUGCCAUUGUAUGGCACGCCUCGGAGGUAGCGCCGCGGCGCAUGGCUCUCCCGCCCGCGGCUCGUGGUGACUCAGUCUCAAUACAAAAUGACCGGCGCCCUCCGCCCA